AGGACGGCAAAUGACAUUACGGCCGACAGAGAGCCUCUAAUAGACAUGCAGCAUGAGGCGGACUGAAUGAGCUGAGUGUUGCAUUUCUUCGCCAGAAGGCAGGUGUGUGUGUGUGUGUGAGAGUGUGUGAGACAAAGAUCGGGUUGGAGGGGGCUAAGAAAGAGAGGAGAGAGAGAGAGCGAGACAGGUGAGGAAACAUGCAGCUCGAGGGUGAGGCAUGUGGUCUGAAGGAGAAAGGAUAUGUGACUCCCUCCGCAUCAAUCCGGUAGCUCCUCUUCCUUUCCGUUCAUCCCGUGGCCCACACUGUCGGUACAUGACGGAUCCAAGGGAUGAUGUUGAAGUUCCGUGUGGACAGGAGAGCGAGUCAACAUGACAGCAGUAGACCAGCUGGACCCGCAAUGAGCUCCAUCCAGCUGCAAGACACUGCACCGACACACACCAACCGGCAGAGCUGUGAUUCGGAUAUGAACGGGAAGGAGAACGCUGUUGCCAAGAAGAUCAGCCACUCUAAAAGUAACACCAUGGUCUCAGAGCUGCAUCAAGAAGUCCACCCAUGUGGCCGAACAUCCCGCAAUCCCAGAAAGGCGGCAACAUUCGGGAAGCGCUCCAACUCCAUGCGCAGGAAUCCCAAAGCACAGGUGACCAGAGCAGGAUGGCUGUACAAGCAGGCCAGUAGUGGAGUGAAGCAGUGGAACAAGAGGUGGUUUGUCCUCUCUGACAGAUGCCUCUUCUACUACAAAGAUGAGAAGGAGGACGCCGUGCUAGGGAGUUUGCCUCUGCUCAGUUUCCGGAUCGGAGGAGCGCAGCCUUCGGACAACAUCACCCGCAAGUUUACCUUCAAGGUGUGGUUGGAGGAGGAGGAAGAGGAGCAGGAGGAGGACGAGGAGGAGUUAAACACUCCCGCUGUGUUUUGCAUGCAGGCGGAGCACGCCGGAACCAGAACGUACUACUUCAGCACGGACAGCCAUGAAGAACAGAAGGAGUGGAUCAGAGCCAUGAGCGAAGCGGCCGAGGUCAACGUUCAUCCGACACAGAGAAUAAAUUCAAACACGACAGAUGAUCUCAACCAGACCAUGGUGACAAGAGACACUAACCCGAAAACGGAACUGAAAACUCAAAGGCAUUCACCAAACACAAGUUGCACUCGGGUGGACAAUUUGGAAACUCCACCGCCGUCGACCCCUUGCUCGGAUCAUGACACUGUGAAACCGAACAUGAGACCAAAAGAAGUUGGGGGCAAAACUGAAGAUGAGGGUGGAGGACCGGGCUCCAAUCGUGUCGUUCAACCAAACCACCAUCCAAAUGGUUGGAACAACCACUGUCCUCCCGGCGCCAUUCCCCAAAACUACAACGGCAAGCCCACUCAUCCCCAGACUCACAAUAGUAGCGAUGCACCUCCAAGACAACCAGAGGGCGGUGUCAGACCACCGCAGGACACAAGGGAGCAGCAGAAUGUCGUCCUGAGGAGGGGGGUUCUGCCCAGGACUGUCCCAGAGAAAGUGGCCCAAAGGAAAAGCUCCAUGGCCCAGCUGCAGCAGUGGGUCAAUCAGCGGCGAGUCCCGACGUCCCAGGAGAACCUCCACAGUCCAUCCCGCUACUACCCAGUGAGUCCAGGUGUCGACUACUACGGCUACCCAAGUGGCCCCCAGUACGUGGAAGGGUACCCACUGUACCCGCCAGGAGUACGGCCUGAUAGCAUUUGCACCGUCUCUGCUGUGGGCGGGUACGACCACCGCUGGGCCGUCGAGGACAAGCGACGCUCGCUGAGGGAUGGACCUCACCAGUUUUACGAUCCGCCGAACCCGAGGGACUCUUGGGGACCGCAGUACUACAGCGGGGUAGAAAAGUCCUUGAGACGCCUUUCUAUCCAGCCACGUUCCAGGUCCGUGCCCCGGUCACCGUCGUUGUCCUCCACCGGGGCUUACUCGCCGGUGUCGCACAACUUUGCCUCGCCGGCUCGAUCGCCAUCCGCCCGCUUCGAUUGGUUUUCGGGAAGGAUGAGGGACGACAUGGUCUACGCCGAUCCAUCGGUUUAUAACCUACGGAGAUCCCUCAGCUCGCCAAAGUAUGACUACCCAGGUGAUAGGAGGUCCAUAGGUCAUGGAUUAUACCACUACAACUAUCCUGUAUCCCCUUCCAUCCACAGUAAAAUGGAUGACAUGUUAGACCAUCAGCUCCAGCGCAACCUGGAUUAUUUAGACCAGCAGGUGCUGGAGGGAAUUGGUAUGGUUACACGAAGGGUGGAGAGGUCCUCCUCUACAGCAAAGCUGUGUAUACAAGUGCCCCCUUUCCAUGAUGUCUACAGACAGUUACACCCUACACUGAAGCUCAAUGAGAUCGAGACAAGCAAACUCUUGGGUCGGCUGUGUGAACAGAACAGAAUCGUGAAAGAUCACGAAGCCGUGGUCCACAGACUGAGAAUGGACAAGGACAGCCUUGAGGAGGCGCUUGUGAAAACUCAUCAGGAGAUGGAGAAGUACCAUACCCAGCCUGUGGCCAUGGAAAAACUACAGAUGAAAAAGGAAACCCUACAAAACCAGCUCAUCAACAUCAGAGGGGAGCUUUCGCAGGCCUCCAGUACUUUAACUACCACUCGUAUGGAAUUUGAAGCCCUGGAGGAUGAGGCCCACGCCAUUCACGGAGAUCUGUGGGAGCAACUCAAUGCAGGGGUGCAGAGUGAAUUGGUUCGAAGGCACAUACAGAAAGAGUUUUGGAGAGUCCAGGAUGUAUUAGAGGGCCUGCAUAAGAAUCACUCAUCCAGAGGCACUGACACAGCCAAGCACAGCAGAGUGGCCAGUGGUGCUAUGGGCUCCUUUAGCACCAAUAGUCCAGCCAGUCCCCUCAGCUCAGUAAGCCUCACCAGUCCUCUCAGCCCUUACUCCCCAGUGCCCGGCUCCCAGGUCUCCCCCUCUAAACAGCUGGGCCCGGAGGAGAGCGUACCCCCAAGGCCGCCCCUCCCUAAGUCCUAUUUCCCUUUGGAACCUUCCAACACCUUCCCCCCUUCUAUUCCCCCCUUGCCCCUUGACAGCACCACCUGGCUACGAAGCUUGGGCAUCGAUGAUGGGUACUUUGAUGGUGAAGAUUCUCACAUCAGAAAGGCUAGGUUUGGAGAGCCGAAUAAUAUCAGUGACACGCUGGAACCAGGCCCGGAUAGGCAAUCCACCAUGAAUAAAGUCGGGAUUGUCCCUCCGAGAGCCAAGUCACCCGCUGAAGACUCGCACAGAGUGCCCUGGAAUCACGGCGUCGUCUCGAACGGGAUUUCUAGGGAACGUCCAAAGAGUGCUGUGUUUGCAGCGGAUGUUAGGUCUAAGAUGAGCGUGGAGGAACAAAAUGAACGAAUUCGUCGCCACCAGAGCAGCUCUAUGCGUGACAAGAGGAGGAGUCUGAAUCUUUCUGGCGGACAAUCUCCGGCGAGCUACAGAGUGACUCGUCGGCGGGUAACAGCUCACGAGAUUGACAUCCAGGAUUUGGAGUCAGCGGUCCGAGGCCAGGGGCUGGAGUCACCUCGCGAGGAAAUUGCCCGUUUAAGGCGGUUACAGGUUGAACCAGAACACUACGACCUGGACAUCAGCAAAGAGCUGAUGGCUCCUGACAAGGUUCUGAUCCCAGAGCGCUACCUGGAAAUGGAAGACGACGCCCCUCUGAGCCCCGAGGAGGAAAAGGAAAAGCAAAAAAAACUGGAACGGAUCAAGACCCUUAUUGCCAAAUCCAAUCUGCAAAACCUGGUUCCAGUGCUGGACGGCCCAGUGGAGGGAGGAGCGCCAGUCAACUCCCAGCAGCAGUUGCAGGAGCAGGAGAAGCGCAUUGAGAUCUCCUGUGCUCUGGCUGCCGAGGCCUCGCGUCGCAGCCGAAUUCUCUCUGCCCAGUGCGCACCCAGUCCCCCCACCUCCCCAACCAGCCUGGCCCUUACCCCCUCCUCUGCUGACUCUCCCACUAUGAAUGCCUGAGUGGGACCAGCUCAAGCCUUGUCUGCUGUCAAAUUUGACGGAGCAUCUUUUUGAGAAUUGACUGUCUGAAAUGGGGAAAACAAGAAGAUGACCUCAAACAAACUUUUUUUUAAGGACCCCGAUCCAACAAAAGCACGGCAAGCUCAUCACAGUAGACCCCCCAGUAGACAACGGAGCAUCUGGACUUUGGAGCAAGUUUCUCAGACUUCUCUCCUACCCAAAGCUGCAACCAUUGGUCAGUGACGAUGUAAGUUUCCUGCAGCAUCAAGAGAACCCCAGCUCUGUCUUCCCUUUGUCAUCAUAAUAUUUCAGUAUAAUUUAGCUCAGGACAUAAUCAUUCAUAUUUUAUACUGGUAAUAGAAGUUAUCAAGCUGAGGCUAUCAAACGGUUCAUAGUAUGAGGUGUGUCAGAAAAGUUCCAGGACUUGUUUUCAAAUCCCCCUUCGAAGUCGAGUGGUACUUACGAGAUUUCUGGCAUACGAGCCGUCUAACGGUUAGUUCCUAUGCUUUCAAUCCGGGUUCGGAACCUCCCCGUUGCUAGUUGGCCUAACAAAUUGUCUGAUUGGCAAGACCUCAUUUUGUUUUUCCAACCAUGGGAACAAAGAAGCGGAUUAUGUUUAUUGAAUUAUCAAAAAAACAACAGAGGUGUGUGUGUGUGUAGCCAAUACGGUUGAACGGUAUACCGGUACUGGUAUAGUAUCGCGGUACUAAUGAAUCAAAAACGGUACUAUACUCUGAAAAGCAUUAUGUUUAUAAACUCAGGAAAUACGUCCCUGGACACAUGAGGACUUUGAAUAUGACCAAUGUAUGAUUCUGUAACUACUUGGUAUCGGAUUGAUACCUACAUUUGUGGUAUCAUCCAAUCCUAUGCUUGCGUUGUUUUGGGCUUGUACGAACCGCUCAAAUCACAAAUAGGAUCAACUUUUCUUCAGAGUGUCUUUGAGAAGUAAUCAAGAAGGGCGGAAAAGUGCACGAUUUUACGAAAGGCGACGACAAAAGUAGCACACACUCGAAGAACGCGCAAGUUUGCAGUGAUCGCUUCCCUACUUUGUUUCACGUUUAGUGUUUCCCAUUUAAGUCUUAAUAUUAUUUGUAUUUAA